AUGUGUUUGCCAGGCGCCUCAGCAUCGACCGGCGCCCGAGCUGCGACGACCACAACUACUGUAACUACCACCUCAACUGCCGUCUCUACUUCCACUGCGACCACGACAAUCACCGCAACUGUCACUAACGCUCAAACCUCGAUCACCACAGCCACAGAAAUGAACACCGCCAUGAUCACUCAGACUGCCACGGAAACCAGCACCGAAACCACUACCCAUACUGAAACCAGCACCGAAACAGCUACCCAUACUGAAACCAGCACCGAAACAACUACCCACACUGCUACGCAAAUGAACACCGCUAAUGUCACCCCGACCAUCACGAAAACCGCCACUGAAACAGUCACGCAGACUGCUACGCAAAUGAACACCGCUAAUGUCCCCCCGACCGUCACGAAAACCGCCACUGAAACAGUCACGCAGACUGCUACGCAAAUGAACCCCGCUAAUGUCCCCCCGACCGUCACGAAAACCGCCACUGAAACAGUCACGCAGACUGCUACUACCACUGUCGAGACAUCUGUGCCAAUCACGGCUGCUGCCGCGUCGAUCAUGUCAACUCAUACCGUAUACACUGCAACCAUGACAAAUCACAUCCCGUUCACCACUACGAAGACUAUUGCCAUCAAGACAACGGUUACACAAUGUCCUUCUUCUUCUUCUUCUUCUUCUCCUUAG